AUGAUCAACGGAACUCCGAAAAUACUGGCUACUACUCAUAAAUGUGUAUUCAGAAGUACUUCAUUCUCCCAACUUUUAGCCAGUAAGUCAGUAUGCGGAGUGUUUUCCAGUACAUUUCAUAAUGUAAAUGUCAGGCAAAAACUCCUUUACAAACCUGGUGAUUUACUUCAUUUUCACCCAACUGGAGCUUUAACUCUGAGAUUGCAACACUCUCAUGGUCCUUCAGAUAAUUUAUCAAAUCCCGCUUUGGAACAAAAAGCAAUUUUAUCUGACUGGACUAUUAUUAGACGACUUCUAAAAUAUGUUUGGCCACAGGAUAGGCCUGAAAUCCGUUUGCGUGUAGUCGCGGCUAUGUUGUUGUUAUUAUCUUCCAAAUUUGUUAAUGUUUUGGUCCCAUUCGUUUUCAAAAUUGCAGUUGACUGUUUGUCAGGAGAAACUCCACUACUAUUAGGUGAUACAAGUCCUAGUGUGGCAGCUACAACUAUUUUAAUUUCGUAUGGUUUGUUUAGAGCUACUGCUUCUGGUUUAAAUGAGUUACGUACUGCAGUUUUUGCUAAAGCUGCUCUUUCUUCAAUUCGAGAAGUCGGAGUUCAAGUAUUUCGACAUAUGCACAAUCUUGAUUUAAGUUAUCAUCUUGGAAGAAGAACUGGAGCAUUAGGUAAAGCAAUUGAUCGUGGCGCUAGGGGAAUAAAUUUUAUAUUGACUGCUAUGGUUUUCAAUUUAUUUCCUACUACAUUUGAAGUUGCUGUUGUAACAGGGAUUUUGUAUUAUAAAUAUGGAGUAGCGGCCAGUACAAUUGCACUAAGCUGCAUAGCUGCUUAUACAGCAUUCACAUUUGCUGUUACACGUUGGCGUACUCAAUUUCGUGUUCAAAUGAAUAAGGCAGAUGGUCGAGCUGCAAGUCAAGCUACUGACUCACUUAUUAAUUAUGAAACUGUAAAAUACUUCAACAACGAAGAGCGUGAAGCAGAACUUUAUGACAAACUUCAAGCUCAAUACGAAGAGGCCAGUAUUAGAACAACAACUAGUCUAGCUGUACUUAACUUCGGUCAGGCUGCUAUAUUCUCUGUUGGCUUAGCUGCUACAAUGAUAGCAGUUGCAAAUCAAGUUACUUCCGGUAUAACCGAUCCAGCAACAGCUGCUCAUGUUCUUGAAGCCACUGGGAUAAGUAGUUUAGCUAAAUCUUUAACUGUGGGAGAUCUUGUUCUCGUAAACGGAUUAUUAUUCCAAUUAUCGAUACCAUUGAAUUUUUUGGGUACAGUAUAUCGUGAAGUACGGCAAUCUUUAAUUGAUAUGUCAACUAUGUUUACACUAUUAGAACUUGCUCCAACAGUUCGUUCCUUACCGAAUGCACCAAAUAUAUACAUUGAUCGUUCUAAUUCAUCUGUAGAAUUUCGUGAUGUGAAAUUCACUUACUACACUAAAGACCCUAAAGAUUCUUUAUUAAAACCUGGGAAGUUCAUAUGUGAUGGAUUAAGUUUUAAGGUUGAACCUGGUCAACGUGUAGCUAUUGUUGGUGAGAGUGGUACCGGAAAAUCUACAAUUGUUCGAUUAGUCUACCGAUUUUUUGAUGUAUCUAGUGGUAGUGUACUAGUCGGUGGUCAAGAUGUUCGGUCAGUGAAUUUGGAGAGUUUACGUCAUGCAAUUGCAGUGAUACCACAGGAUACGGUUUUGUUCCAUAAUACAAUAUUUUAUAAUCUCCAAUACGGUAACUUGAAAGCAACUCCGGAAGAAGUUUACGAAGCCGCUCGUUUAUCGAAUGUAGCCAAUGCAAUUGAGCGUAUGCCACACGGAUACGAUACACAAGUCGGAGAACGUGGUUUGAAAUUGAGCGGUGGUGAAAAACAGCGAAUAGCGAUUGCAAGGGCUCUACUGAAGAAAGCUCCAAUUUUGGUUUAUGACGAAGCAACGUCAUCAUUAGAUUCAAUCACUGAACAUACUAUUCUUCAACGAUUAGCAGAAGUUACACCUGGAAUUACAUCGCUUGUAAUCGCUCAUCGUUUAAGCACAAUAAUUGAUGCUGAUGAAAUCUUAGUCUUACGAAAUGGUCGUGUAUCUGAACGUGGUACGCACUCCAGUUUACUAUCACAACCGGAUUCAUAUUAUAGACAACUUUGGGAUCAACAACGAAGUGGAAUCUUACCCACUACUAUUACGAGUACUACUGAUAAUUGUAACAGCAAUGAUAAUCAUAAAAUAUCCAAUUCAGGCAGUCAAGAUACAAACACCUAA